AGUCCCCUGAUAUGGUCUGCACAUAUCCCCUCUCAUUCCCCAUUAAAAGACCCAAAACCAAAUCAAAUCAAAUCCUCCAAUUACUAAAUAAAAUUAUGAAUGAACACUCUCCUGUUUCCGCAGAAGCUACUGAAGGAUUACGUGAUUAAUGUUUACGGGUCAGUUGUGCUCUUUUCCUGUAUCCUUUUAUAUAUAUAUAUAUAUAUAUUUAGUUUAAUUUUCUGGGGUUUGAUUAAUUCCAAUGGAGUUGAUGCAAAUGGAGAUGCACACUCUUGGAGAUGAGAGCAUGAACAUGUAUGAUGACAACCUCAUCCCUCAAGAUUCAACCCAUUUCUCUAUCUCCCUCCCUCUGCCUCAACCUCAAACUGACUCUAAUCUCGAACCUUUUGAGGGUAUGCAAUUCGAAUCUGAAGAGGCUGCCAAGGCCUUCUACAACUCUUACGCUCGCCGUGUUGGUUUCAGCACUCGCGUUAGUAUGUCUCGUCGUUCUCGCCGUGAUGGUGCCAUCAUUCAGAGGUCCUUUGUUUGCGCCAAGGAAGGGUUUAGGGUUGAUAAAGAUAAAGAUAAAGACAAAGCUGGAAGUGAUGCCAGGGUGAAGCGUCCUCGUGCUGAGACCCGUGUUGGUUGUAAGGCCAUGUUGGUUGUCAAAAUUCAAGAUUCUGGUAGAUGGAUCGUUUCUUCUUUUGUUAAGGAUCACAACCAUGACUUGGUUCCCCCUGAUAAAGUCCAUUGCCUUCGUUCUCAUCGCCAUGUCUCUGGUUCUGCUAAGUCUUUAAUUGAUACUUUGCAAGGUGCCGGAAUUGGACCAAGUGGGAUCAUGUCUGCUCUCAUUAAAGAAUAUGGUGGAAUCAGCAAUGUUGGCUUCACUGAGCGUGACUGUAGGAAUUACAUGAGGAGCAGUCGGCAGAGGACUCUGGGAGGGGACACCCAACUACUUCUUGACUACUUGCGAAAUAAACAAUCUGAGAACCCUGCAUUUUUCUAUGCUGUUCAGGGUGAUGAAGAUCAGUGCAUGAGCAAUAUCUUCUGGGCUGACCCGAAAGCAAGGACUAACUAUACUUUUUUUGGUGACACUGUUACCUUUGACACAACUUACAGGUCAAACCGUUAUCGCUUGCCCUUUGCACCUUUCACUGGAGUUAACCAUCAUGGACAGCCUAUUUUGUUUGGUUGCGCCCUCUUAAUUAAUGAGUCUGAAGCAUCCUUUGUUUGGUUGUUCAAAACAUGGCUUGAGGCCAUGUCUGGCAGGCCUCCUGUUUCGAUUACCACUGAUCACGAUCGUGUGAUUCGUGUGGCUGUUACCCAGGUUUUUCCUCAGACUCGUCACCGCUUCUGCAAGUGGCACAUCUUUAAAGAAUGCCAAGAGAAGUUUUCUCAUGUGCUUUUAGAACAUCCUAAUUUUGAAGCGGAGCUCCACAAAUGUGUCAAUUUUACGGAGUCAGUUGAAGAGUUUGAAUCUUGUUGGUUGUUGAUGAUAGAUAGAUAUGAUCUUAGGGAAAAUGAGUGGUUAGAAGCAAUUUAUGCUGAUAGGCGGCAGUGGGUUCCGGUGUAUGUGAGGGACACAUUCUUUGCUGAAAUAUCUAUAACUCAACGCAGUGAUAGUAUAAACUCUUAUUUUGAUGGAUAUGUCAAUGCAUCAACAACCCUUCAGCUGUUUGUUAAGCAGUAUGAGAAGGCUCUGGAAAGUCGUUAUGAGAAAGAAGUCAAGGCAGACUAUGAUACCAUAAACACUGCCCCGGUUUUGAAAACACCAUCCCCCAUGGAGAAACAGGCAGCUGAGCUUUACACAAGGAAAUUGUUUAUGAAAUUUCAGGAGGAGUUGGUUGAGACAUUAACUUUCUCAACAAAAGUUGAGGACGAAGGUGAAAUCACCACAUAUCAGGUUGCUAAAUUUGGGGAGAGUCACAAAUCUUAUAAUGUUAAUUUUAGUGUUCGAGAAAUGAAAGCAUCUUGCAGUUGCCAGAUGUUUGAAUUUUCUGGCCUCCUAUGUAGGCACAUAUUAACAGUUUUUAGGGUCACAAAUGUUCUUACUCUGCCCUCCCAAUAUGUUAUGAGACGAUGGACAAGAAAUGCCAAGAGUGGUCUGGUAUUGGAGGAUCGUACCAGUGAUUUGCUGAAUAGUUCAAAGGAAUCCCUUACAGUUAGAUACGAUAAUCUUCGUCAUGAGGCCUUUAAGCUAGUUGAUGAUGGACUUAAAUCUCUAGAUAUUUACAAUGUGGCAAUGGGUGCCCUGCAGGAUGCUUCAAGUAAAGUUGCACUUGCUAAGAAGAAUGGUGGGAGAAUCGCCGUUUCGAAUAGAACUAGCAGAGAAGACCAUCAGUUUCAGGGAAGUCAAACAAAUAUUACCACUUGGGAUCAUCAACGGGGUCUAGAGCAACCUGCCUCAGCUGAUGACCAAGAUAGAAAAAUCCAAAAAUUAUCCCGUCAGCUUGAGCGUGCACGAAGGAAAUGUGAAUUGUAUCGAGCUAACUUGCUUUCAGUUUUGAAAGAUAUUGAGGAGCAGAAACUGCAGCUGUCUGUUAAAGUUCAAAGCAUCAAACUUGGGAUGAAAGAUUGAGAUCUAGUGAUGCUUUCCCUCUUUUGCUUCAUCAGCAGUGAGAUCAUCGUUUGACACUCCCAAUCUACCCAUUCAGCACGAAAUUAUUUGGAAAUAGGACCUUUGAGGAAUAUGAGCAGUUGCCAUAUCAAUGAAAAGUUGAUGUCUGGCUGAUGUUCAGCAUUUUAAGAUUCGUUUGGUUGCAGGAAAAUUUACAGUAAAUUGUGUAGAGAUGACCAUAUUCAGUUUAAAGCUUCUGGAGCUCAACUUCAUUGCAUUAACU